AUGUCAACAAGAAUAGCCAUUCUUACUUCAUUGCUUCUUGCAAGUGGAGCUCUGGCACAUUGUCAACUUGCUUGGCCGUACCCACUUCACAGCCCUCUUAACCCUGCCACUCCAGAAGCCAUCAAAGAUUAUUCAAUGACUAGUCCGUUGAUUAGUGAUGGCACUUAUCCAUGUAAAGGCUUCAUCAACAAUCCAUCAUCCGACAUGACAUCCGUCGCUACUUAUUCAGCUGGAUCUACCAUGAACUUUACGAUAGCUGGAACAGCUACUCACGGUGGUGGUUCGUGUCAGAUAUCAAUGUCAUACGAUGAAGGAUCAACUUGGAACGUUAUUUUUUCUCAAGUUGGUGGUUGCUUAAUCGAUGGAAUGACUACCGAUAUCACUAUCCCUUCAGACGCACCAUCCGGCGAAGCUCUGUUCGCUUGGGGCUGGUUCAACAGACAAGGGAAUAGAGAAAUGUAUCAUAAUUGUGCUCCAAUCACCAUAAAGAAUGGUGGAUCAGGUCUAAACGAUAACGAUUAUCCUACUCCUUUCGUCGCAAACGCAAAUGUCAACGAAUGUGUCACGAUAGAGAAUAUAGAUGUGGUUUUCCCAAAUCCAGGUAAAAACGUAAAAUAUGGUGGAAAUUACGCUUCGACAAAACCCACAACUCCAGCUGGUUUCGCAGGUUCGAAUUGUGUUGGUCCAGGUGCCUCCUCAUCUGGAUCAACUUCCUCUUCUUCCGUGUCUGCUACGAAGAACACUACGAUUACCCCGACCUCCACUCAAUCGACUCUGGUUUCAGCUUCUAACGGCGUAGGAAUUGCAAACAACGCAUCUUUUUCCACAUCAACUACAAUCGCUCAACCUACAGGAGAAUACACUCUUUCCUUGGAUUCAACAACAGCUUCUCUUUCACAAAUCAAUAAUGCCGCUGAUUCAUCCUCAGCUAUUACUUCAUCACAGCCCGCUACCACCUCAGCUUCGUCUACAGGUAAAACAUGUAAAUCAACACGAAAAAGAUCGGUCCUUUCCACGAGUGGACUUCGGGGCAGACAUCAACGUUUGAUUAGAAGACCGAGAACAAGUUCAGGUCGAGUUGCGGCUAGUAAAGCUGAACAUAUCAGUCACGAAGAGAAGAGAGAGAAUGGAAGAAUCGCAGCUAGCAAAGCAGAACAUAUCACCCAUGAAGCAAAAAGAGCAAGUUCAGGUCGAGUAGCGGCAAGCAAAGCAGAACACAUCAAUCACGAAGCAAAAAGAGCAAGUGGCAGAGUAGCAGCAAGUAAAGCUGAACAUAUCGCCCAUCAACAAAAGAGAGGCACAGGAAGAGUAGCAGCAAUGAAAGCCACUCAUAACCUUCAAGUUCGGAAUGGUGUCAUCGAAGCUGUAAGAUCAUAA